UUGCGGAAAAUGAUGAGGGAUUAACCGCAGUCCUUGAAGAUGCUCUAUCCAAUUGCCAAGAAAUACCAUUCAUGGCCGUCGACAUUGAAGGAUCAAGUCAAAAGAUAAAUGAAAAGUACUGCUACGUAUUACGUCUUUAUGGCUCUCUCAUUAAUGGCCAGAAAACAGUAGUAACACUUUUCGGUAUUCGGGUAUUCUUUGAUAUUCGUGUACCAGAUGGGGAGUCUCCAGAUGAAUGCGAAAUAAAAGUAAGAGAUAUUCUAUCUGGCAACAAGGUGGAGACUUUAAAAAUAGAGCAUAUCAAAGCUUUCCCUUUUCGUGGCUAUCAUACGGAAAAAAAGACAUAUUUACGAAUUUAUACGAGUGGGACUAGUAAAAGAAAGAUGGCUAUGCAAGCCAUUCAAGAUAAUAAUUACGAAACUGCAUCGGAUGACAUGUACUCGUUUCAUCGUAAAGUAGCAAGAGAGAAUGGAAUCCAACUCUCUGGGUGGUCUAUGCUAAGCAAAUAUAGAUAUAAGAGAGGGAGUGAUCCUCUCUACCCGUACGUAUUCUAUACUUCUAAAAAAGAUUUUCGGCCAGUGGAAGACCUUACAAUAAUAAGCGACCGAUUCCCUAUUUCAGCUCUCUUACGGGAUCGUACUCUUGUCCUUACAUGGGAUAUAGAAACGCAAUCACAAGAGUUAGGCAAAUUCGCUGAAGUCCUCGAUCUGAAUGAUAAUGCCUUUAUGAUUUGUAUGACACUGCAUUGGAAAGAUGAUCCAAAACCACUAAAGCAAAUAUGUCUUGUCGAUGUUGAGACAGAACCAGAUCCGGGAUGGACCACAAUCAUAUGUGGAAACCAAGAAAAUCUGCUGAAAGCAUUCGCCAUCUGCUGGCGAGCAUUUGCCCCUGACAUCCACGUUGGGUUUAAUGAUUCCGAUUAUGAUUGGUGGUUUAUAAUGGAAAGGGCCUAUCAUCUCAACAUGCUCGAAUGGAUGUGGGAGCGAAUGACAGGAAAGUUUGAAACAAAAGAGGAUAUUCUAAAGUGGAAAUAUCGUGGAAAGAUAGGAGCGAAAUCUGAAAAUGUUUUCAAGAGGAAAGGAAAGAAUACCGACGAAGAGGGAACCGUAUGGGGGUCGGGUGAGGAAGUUGAGGAAGUAAAAGAAUAUUUGGGAGGUCCAAUUAAGAUCAAAAUCACUGCGGAAGAGGAUUUUUAUUCUAGUUUUCUUAAACUCCCAGGGUGUGUACCAAUAGAUGUCCGAGUAUGCCUCAAAAAAUAUUUCCCUAAGGCUGAAGUAGAAAAGGGAGGUUCACUCAAAUUCUUCUUAAAAAAGUGCGGUCUUGACACUAAAGCUGACAUGCCAUAUGAUGUAAUGUGGAGGAUCUAUUCAGAGGCAAAACAAGAUCCUUCUCCUUCAAUUACAAGAAAAAUGCGUGAAGUAGCUAACUAUUGCAUUAUAGACGCAUUACGUUGCCAGGAGCUUUUGGUAAAGCUAAGUCAAAUAAAUGAUUACAGAGAAGUCGCUUCCAUAGCUCAUGUAUCUCUGUUCGACUCACACUACCGCGCUAACGGAAUGAAGGUACGAAACCUUCUGGGCGCUUAUGCUUUUAAACGGGAUAUGCUAUUUAGCACAAGAGUAUGUGAAAAUAUAGAAAAGGGGAAAUAUCCCGGCGCAUACGUAUUUCCACCUAAAAAAGGGAUUGAAACGAAAAGACCUGUAACGGGAUUGGACUUUGCCUCAUUAUAUCCUAGUCUCAUCAUGACUUACAAUCUCUCUCCAGAUAAAAUAAUACUAACACAUGGUGAGGCCAAAAUUGCAGAAAAAAAUAGAAAUAUUUUACAUAAGAUUGAGUUUUCAUUUAAUAACCGCACCAUCCAAGCUUGGAGUGUAAGACAUGAUAAUCAAUUCGAAAAGAAAGGCUUAUAUCCUGUUGUAUUAGAGGAUUUAUACAACAAAAGAGUAGAGCUUAAAGCACAUCUUACCGCAAUAAGAAAGAAAAAACUACAACUUGGAAAGAUAAUAAGUUCAGCUAAAAAGAGAGGCAAAAAGAUUCCAGAGAGCUUAAAUUCGGAAUAUUCGGCCGUAUGCUUCGAUUAUGCAUUGACUGAUUCGAAGCAAAGAGCUCUGAAGGUAUAUAUGAACACUUUUUAUGGGGAAGCUGGAAACUCUCUAUCUCCUAUCUUUCUUCGUGAAUUAGCUGGAGGAACUACUUCGGCGGGAAAAUACAAUCUUAGUCUUGUUGCAGAAUUUGUAACAAAGAAAGGGUUUGGGAUAAAAUACGGCGAUACCGAUUCUUUGUAUCUCACCUGCCCAGAAAAGUAUUACGGAAAAUGUGAUGAAGCCUUCUCCAGGAAAGAACUUUCUAAGGAAGCAUACUGGACUGAAAUGGUUGAAAUAACUAUGAAUGUAAUGAAAGGCUUGUGUGAUCAAGUAAAUGCUUAUCUUAGGAUAAAAAGUGGCACAUCUUGUCUUAAGAUGGCAUACGAAGAGGUAUUAUUUCCCGUCUGCUUCGCCGGCAAGAAAAAAUAUUUCGGUGUACCACAUGAAGAGGUGGUCAAUUUUAGGCCAGAUAAUCUCUUUAUGAGAGGAAUUGAUACUGUGAAGCAAGGGAAUUCUGAGCUUUUUAGAUUUAUUGGAGAAAAGAUUAUGUGGGAGGCUAUGGAUAUAAAUAAUACCCGCUCAAUUCACGAAAUUGUUAAAGAUGUUCUCCGAGAUGCUAGAUUUAGGCAGUGGGAUUUUAACCAGUUUGUUGCAAUGUCUAAAUGGAAGGCUAAAGGAGGCCUCGCAUGCAAUAAAAUCUUUAUGGAACGGAUGAGAGAAAGAAUAGCAAGCGGGGAAAAAAAUAUAAAGAUCCCUGACUCUGGCGAGCACUUUAGCUAUGUUGUAGUGAACAAUAGUCCCCGCUAUAAAGAAGAUGGCACGAAAUCAACAAGGAAGGGUGAUUAUAUGGAGUUCGCAAAUAUUGCGAAAGAGUUUAAUAUGGAGAUAGAUAUCAGGUACUAUUUAGAACAAACUGUAGGGAUGUGUGCACGCUUCAUUAAUGAAGAUAAUAGUUUUCAACCAUCCCUAUCAGAUAAAAUAAUGCAGAAUAAAGAUUCGGACAAAAGAGAAAAGGAGAUCAAUGAUUAUUCCUAG